ACGUAAUCGGGGGAAGAAGAAGAAAAAAAAACAACUUUGGAUUAGCGGCAAAAAGAAAGAAAGAGAAAUGCCUUCCUACCCGCUCAGCCAGGUUUUAGUCGCGGAAGACACGAUGUGCAGGAAGUUGCUGUGCCUCGACCUGAGGGAGCAGAACAGGCCGUUAUCGUCUGUCAGCAUGGCAAUAAGAGCACCCGGAUACAUCAGUCAGCCAAGCAACCACACACUGUCGCCCCUUUCUCUCUCCCAGCUUCCCACAGAUUCCUCAGACGCUGUGUUUUUGUCCUCCAGCCUCUGGGGUCAGCACUCGGAGGGUAGCCUGCUCUCCCAGAACCCAAACCAGACCCAUCGGGGAAAACAGGGUUUCUGGACCGAGCGGUCUCUUAGCAUGGUGGAGACCGGUAGCAAGGCAGCUGCCAGUCUGGGCUGGCCCGAGACUGUCGCAAAAGACUCUCAAAUUGCCACCAGCUCUGCUCUGUUAAGCCCCAGCUCUUCUCUAACAUCCACCUCCUCCGUCUCCUCUUCCUCCUCACGCUAUAAGACUGAAUUGUGCCGCUCCUUUGCAGAGAGCGGUGUCUGUAAAUAUGGGAGCAAGUGCCAGUUCGCCCAUGGGGCAAACGAGCUACGCGACUUGAACCGACACCCGAAGUAUAAGACCGAGCCGUGUCGCACAUUCCACACCAUUGGGUUCUGCCCCUAUGGAAUCCGCUGCCAUUUUGUCCACAACAACGAAGAAGAUCAGAGGCACUCUUUUUCAGGAUCCUCCCCCUCCUGCAUUCCCUCCCAGCCCACCUCCAACUACUGCAGACCACCUCUUCUCAGACAGAGCGUCAGUUUUGCUGGGUUCCCCUCUGUCCCCCAACAACCCCGUCAACCAGCUUUAUGUCCUUAUCUUCCUCCUUCCUCCUCCUCAAGCUGUUCCUCUGUCUCUGCCCCAUCCUCUGCGGAUAUCACAGACUUCCUCUCUCAUGCCUUUUUGGAGAUAGACUCUCUUUUUGAGGCCUGCCCUCGCCACCAACCCCCUCUUUCUGCCACCCCAGUCUCCUCAGUGGAUCUCCAGUCUCAAUUUUUGCCCUCGCCCGACUCCGGCUGUUCCCUAACUGGCCUGUCUCCCACCGCCUCGCCGUCCCUGAGGCAGAGUCCCGGUGCUGCCGGGGGCUUAAUCUUGCCCAUGGGUACCCGAUCCCUGUCCUACACGUCUCUGUCGGAUCAGGACCAGGACGGAAGCAGUGGAAGCUCAGCCAGCUCGCUCAGUGGAUCAGAAUCGUGUGGUGGUGCUCCUGAGGGCAACGGCAGACGCCUGGCUGUUUUCAGCCAGCUUUCUGUCCCUGAUGACACUAGUGACACUAAUGGAUUCUGUCUGUAG